UUUUUCCCCCCCCCCCCCUAUUCCUCUUCUAUUCCUUCACUUUCAUUUUCUGCAAAUCACUCCUUCCCUUAUUUUCCAUUUCGCUUCGACAACCAUGAAAAAGGGAAAAAGGGCGCGCUUUCCUUUCCGUACUUCUUCAUCUUCUACCAUGUCCACUCUAUUCCUCCUUAGCUUCGGCUAUUAGUCUCUUCUCUGCGUUUCUCUCUCCUUUCCAAGAAAAGAUUCCUCUUUUACAACCCCCAAUUGACCAACUUUUUCCAUACAAAGACACCCACAUCUCUCUCUCAAUCCAAUCCCAUCACCGACCUCACCUCCCUCUUGGCCCAUCUUAACCUAAUUUCUUUGUAUUAGGGUUUUUCCUUUUUCUGUUUUCCCUUUUGGAACCCACUUUUUCCUUUUCUUGUCCGUUGUAGGAUUAUUGUAUAGAUCACCCUGUCUUUCCAGUGCAUCCUUUCUCUUAUUAUUAUUAUUUUUAUCAAAAUUAGCUUCUUGUAUGGAUUCAUUAGGGUUUUUCUAGGGUUUUUGAAUAUGUGGGUUCAGAAUUGGUGUCUAUUUGUCUAUUUAGUCCCUUUCCACUUUAGUAUCACCCAGUUGCCUCCAAUUUGAUAACCCUCUGUAGAAAAUUCUUCCUUGCUAUUUUAUAUCUCUGAAAUUCAAUUGGGGAUUUAUAUGAUUGAUUGAUUGGUCGAAUGGCGUAUCAAGGAAUUCAGGGACCGAGCUCGGGAUCGAGUUCGGGUUCUGGGUUUCAGUACUUGAAUUCUCCUUUUGGAGAUACCACCUACACCAAGGUCUUCGUCGGGGGACUUGCCUGGGAGACACAAAGCGAAACUAUGCGACGAUACUUUGAGCAAUUUGGAGAUAUUCUUGAGGCCGUCGUCAUCACUGAUAAGAAUACUGGCCGAUCCAAAGGCUACGGUUUUGUAACUUUCCGGGACCAUGAGGCUGCUAGAAGAGCCUGUGCUGAUCCAGCUCCAAUCAUCGAUGGGAGGCGUGCUAAUUGUAACCUGGCUUCACUUGGGCGACCACGUCCACCACUGCAAUAUGGACGCGGGAGACCAGCUAGUCCAUACAUUGGAAGUAUGCAAGCUGCUCGGGGGGCUUAUGUUGGAAGUUUUGGUAACCCACAGCCACUUUCUUACAGCUAUCAACAAGGACUGAUGUACCCUCCGUACGGGUAUGCUACAUAUGGACCUGAGUAUGUCUACCCACAGGGUGUCUACAACCCUUACAUGCAACAGUACCUUCAAAUAUAUGGAGUUCCUGGAACAGUUAAUGCAGCUAUGUAUCCUUAUGGACAGUUGGGUCAAACCAUUCCUGGUGGUCAUGGUUAUACGGCAGUUCAAGGAUAUGCAAUGCCAGGACAUCAGGUUGUACAAUUUGGUGGACCUGGCGGUAGUGCAAUAACUACUUUACCCAUGCCCACAAUUCAAGGACCAUAUCAUACAGGCAUGGCAACACCUGUACCAGCACAAGCACAGUUUAUAGUUCCUGCUCCUUCUCCUUCGCAGUUUAUGCAAGGUAGCGGUUCUGACCAGACAGCUGGGUGAGGGGUUGAUCAAGGUAUCCUUAGAUUGCAGCAGGACUAAGAGCAGCGGAACUGCUACUUGAGUGGCGGGCUUCGAAUCUAGCCUUGCAAAUUUUUUAUUUUGCAUUCUAGAGGUACACAAUUUUAUUUUUCUUUGUCUUAUGUGUGUUACUCGCAUUGUGUUGCUUGUGCCAGUUAUGAUCUUGAUAGAAAGAUAAACUAACGGUACAUAUGUGUUGAAUGGUGGCAUCCUUUUUAGUGAUCCACUCAUUAACAUUAUUAAUGACUGAAAAUCUCCUAUUUAUUCCGUUUGCUGAUAUAUUGUAUAUGAACACAGAUGCAUCUUGCCUAUGAGAUAUGCUCUCCUCAUCUUAGUCAUGUUUCUUGGAUUAAUUUUUCUUUGAAGAUUCAUGAGAUGUUCUGUAUGUACCCAUCAAUGGAGUUAAUCAUAAAGGAUAUAUAACAUUAUUUAAGUGCAGCAUCUAUAUGGGGAUGGCCACUUGGUCAGGUGGCAACUAACCCACCACUUUGACCAUCCCCUGCCUGCAAAAGUUCCAGCAUCUAUGUGACGUAAGUUGAUUUUUUUUUUUUCCUUUCUUUUCGGUGGGUACUGAGAUGAUGUGGAUUGUAUCUCGUGUGGGUUGAGAACUGGUAUCUUCAGGCUAAUUGAAAGUCUGCGACACAAAAGUUUUAUUUUAUAUUCGCUCUUGGGCUAUGUGACCUGUUAUUAAUAUUUUAUCAUAUUGUAUUUUGCAGGUCAUACAUAGUCAUUCUCACCAGAGAUGUUGGAUGUCUGAGUCGCUCCAGAUGGUGGAGAAGGAAUUCGGAAGAUAUGGAACCAUCUUCCUCUACCUUUGUGUAUGAAAAUCUCUCAAAAACAAAAUACUGCUGGCCUCUCGGGAUGAGUGGUUGGCAGCCAUGGAUUGGUGGAUGCUGGAAUCGGUUUCUGGCAGCCAUGUAGGAAUAAAGACACUUGUAAAAAGAAAUCUGCAUAUUAGAAUCAACAUAUGAUUCUUUCAUAGUCUAGUCCCAGCAUUUGGGUGUAUAGUCUCUCUGGUGUCUAGUGUCGUGCAUUGUAUUCAACACUCAGCUUUGGAGUUUUUGUGCAUAUUAGUGCUAGGGUCUUACAGGCAUUUUGUUUCUGCAACUUGGAUGUUAACACCUAUCAUAGCCUAACCUCAAGGAAUGGGGGGAGCUUCUAGGUGCAUUUUAAUAUCAGAAGAAUUUUUUUUUUCUU